AUGAAUUGCUAUUCAUGCAAGCGUUGCCACAAGGUCCUGGAUACCACUGAGGGUCUCUUGGCACACGCAGAAAAUGUGCAUCAUGUAAGCCAAUCCGCUUUCUUCUGCUGUGCCUGUCGACUUGCAGGAUUCUCUUCUCAAGCGGCUCUCCUAAGGCACCAAACAAUUCACUGUCCAGGACCUCAGUGGGAUAAUCACAAGUCAACUGGUUCUGGUCUUCUUAAAAAGCCUUUGGAUUGUGUUUCCAAAUGUGGACGCCAGCGGCGCCUCUCUACACAAUCUGGCAAAUCGUCGAGGAAAAAGUCUACAAGCUUGCUACAGUCGUCUCUUGUCAAUGACAAGAUCCCGAGGAGGUCCCUAACCUCUCUACGGCUUCCCGAAGAGCGCUGCACCCGGUCCGGUGGUCGCCGCCGAUCACUCUUAGUGUCGAUUCACCCUAACGUGUCUGAUGCUUGUAAGAAGAAAACCAACCCCAAAGCUCGGUGCGGGAAACCAAAUACUCAAGCAUCAAAACAAUCGCAUCGUGUCAGUGAAGGGCAAACAAUCCCUAACAACCCUGCAGCAUCAGAUACUUCAUCUCCCCUUGAAACCCCUCCGGUUAGUGUCCGAAAGUCUACAAGAAUGCGAACGAUGUCUUCCUCCGAGGAGCGGCGUACCAAACCAAAGUUAUCUCUCAGUAUUUCAAAUAGGCUUAGAGUUUCCGGAGACGAAACUCGGUUCACAUCGCUAAAGUUGGAACCAAGGAAAAAUUUGCGAUUUUCAGCUGCAAAGACCCUUCAAUGUGCAACGUCUUCUGGAACUCUUUCCACUAAAGCUGACGAUGAACUGACGUUAGAGGGGUCAUCGCCUUCUCUCGGAUCUUGUUUUAAGCCAGCGUUGCAAAAAGCCCCAAGACCCACUAAAACUAUGAAGGCAGCUAUUAACUUACCUACGACCGAAGUGAUUAAACGCUCCGCUCGGAAAUGUAAGGUGAGCAAACUUCCCAAAGGUACUAAUAAUCGUGUCGUCCAAGUUGAAUACGUCCAGAGCGAUGUGGAAAAAAAACGAGGAUCAAUGAAUUCAGGUGUGAAAACUGGAGGCUUACAAUGUGUCAUUGAGGACACUUUCAAGCCUGACCAGCUGAUGGAUUUGGGGUCCUAUAUCGUGAGCACCCCCGAAGCAUCGUCCCUCCAGAGAAGCAGCAAAAAUUCAUCCUCACCAUUUCUAUCAAAAGUGGCGCUAAAGGCUACAUCUAAAAACAUCGUACUUCCACUAAAUUAUUCUGAUGAGAAGGCUGUAAAAGUGGAAGAGGGUGCUAGGCCUUCAGCAUCGAAUGCAUCUUCUCCACUGGAAACACCUGAAAAGCCAAUCGAAGUUUGCGGCACGGAGCCUCAAUCAACUAGUCUUUCAAUGCAGUCAUCGGCUACGAGUGAGAUUAUUCCGGACUGUGGUACAAUCACUCGACGUAUUUGUCUGCAGUCCAUCCCGUCGAGUGUCUCCGCUGUGGUGCACCAAACGGCUGUGCCACCCUUGGAAACAUCCAAUGGGGCGACUUCAAACAAGCAAAACAGCGACUCGAGUGUUUCAUCACCGUUGGAAACUCCCAUGAAGCCGACAGUAGAGAAUCACGUGCAAUCUGCCGUUUCUUCACCUCUAGAAACUCCCACCAAACUCACUGAGCUCAAAGGAGGCCUUAUGAGUCGAUUGCUUGUUGUCGGCGAGUAUCCAUCGCGCGCAUCACCACACACGUUUCCAAUUGGGAGGGAGACUAAACUUGUUUUAGAUGCUCCGUCGCCGUGCAAUGAUAAAUUUUCGUCCUCUGAAAUUGUCAAAAAUCUGCCCAGUAAAUCCCCACCGGUUUCUCCUUCUUCUUCGCCACUUGAAACAUCGGGGAAACGUCUGGAGAAGCAGCUUAAAGUGACAAAAACGUCGACUCCAAGUUGUGGGAAGGCUGUUCAACUACCGGAUGCUUCCUCCAACGGACCGCCAACCGGAACUGACGAAAGGUUUGUGUCAGGGAAAGUUGCAAAUCACCCACAUAAUUUACUUCGGGGCUGUUUAUCAUCAUGCAAAACAGAAUUAAAACCAAACAUUCCAACCGAAAACAUAUCCGAUGCCUUGAUUGAUGAGAGGCGAUUUAGGCGAAAAAGGCGGGGGGAAUCCCCGAGUUCGGAUAUGUCUCUCAAAUCUGAGAACUGCCGAUUAGCCGGCCCCUCGGUUGCAACUGCUCAAGAAGGCCCUCAAAUCAAAGCCACAGCCAAAAGGCAGAAGUUUUUCAAAACGGAACACUGUUCCGACUCAUCUAUCGAUGGCGAUCCUUCUCAAGUCGCAUUGUCUCGUGAAUCCAUUAACCACAGUAGCUCCUAUGGUUCUGCUAGUAACACAUCAAACUCCAAAGACAAUUCCAAAAUUUCACCAAACGAGGUCAAGACCAAUGUUCAACGGAUCUCAACACUGGCGUCUGAAAAGACCUCAACCUCCACCCCUCCAUCAGGGCGGGUAGCACUCGUAGACUGGGACUCCUUCAUUGCCGGCAACCCGCGUAAAUAUAAGAGAAGUUUAUCGCUCCAAUCAGACAAAAUUGAAUCGGCGAACCGCCAACUUCCUACUGUGAAUUUGAGUCCUACGAAAAAGCACAUCAACAACUCCCCUCACGUGGCGAAACGACGAAAUGUAGUCGCUGUUGGUGAAGAAACUACAAAUGUGAAUACCACCCUUCCUUCAAACGAGGCUCAAAGUACUCCUUCGAGAAAAGCGCAAUGCAAUCUCUCCAGUCAGCAUCGUCUCCGUCGAUCCUCUCUCUCUGAAGGCACUGCUGCAAAGCCACCAGGUUCUGCCGCUUCGAGUUGUGGUGAGGCAUGUUCUGCCGCCUCAAGUCGCACCAUGUCUCUUGCAAGUGCGCUUUCGACAAGCGAAGAAAUGGCUAAACCUAGAGUCACGGAGCAAGAAUUGUUUGGUUCUCCAAGCGUGGAGAGCAUGUGUGAAAACAAGGAAGGUGUUAACUCAGAUAACGAAGAUAUUGCAAGUCAUGGAGAGGGCAGUAUUAAAUCUCCUCCAUCCGUAUCUACUUCGGUCACAACCCUCCCCUGUGUCGAUGAUGCCGCAGCUACGCCAUUAUCACCUGUCGUUACCAGUGACUCAGAAUCAUGUCGUACUUCGCGAAAACGCAUCCAUCGUCGCAAAACUCGACAUUCUCCCAGAUUUGUUUCCACCCGCUCUACAGCAGGCACACAAGGUUGUUCUGCGAAGCCCACCACCCACCACUGUCCAACAUGUCACCAGGGUGGUUUCGCCAGUUUUGCCGAACUUAAGCUCCAUCGGGCAGCAUCCUGCAAACGGCCGCGUCAGCCUCCAAAGACGCGACUCCUGUCCAAACGCAGGGUAGUAUGGCGUUGUCCUGGUUGUCCUUCAACCCAGAGCUCUUUUAAUUCCGCUAAAGCCCUCCUGGCACACCUCCCGACCUGCCACAGGAAGCAGGGAGGGAGUGCAACAAAGGGACAUUCGUCUUCGUGGCCAGCCCCCGUCUCUGGCUUCGGGGCAGGCUUUGGUUGUUCAACCUGCGGCAUAACCGUCGCCUCAGAGUCGCGACUCGACAAACACAGGAAAGAAAGGCAUAACAAGUCUUAG